AUGUCUUUAACACUUCCACAGGUGUCUCCUUUUGGGGAAGAAUUUGGAUAUGUUGAACAUCAGCUUAGAUUACAACUUAACGCACCAAGUUUGGAGCUUAUAGAUCUUUUUGACAUCGGAUUAAAACCAGUUAAUUCUCAAUUUAACAACUACGUAAAGAAUCACGAUCCAGCUAAUGUUGUUGAUGUAUUUUUACCAACUGUUGGAUUGAAACAAUCAAAGAGCGACAUAGUAUCACACGGAAUUAAAGUUCAUCCAAAUGAUGGAUUUACUUUCCAAACAGACACAGUUGAACUCAAUAAAUCAGGCGAGUUUAACGAAGUUAUUCAUAUUCAAGUCGGUCUUGGACGCGUAAUUAAUCAUCAAGAUAUUAAAUCAGCGAUGGACAAAGUUCAGUACUUAACACAAGCACCAACAGUUAGUAACCUUCAAGAAGGCUACGAAUCAAUACGCAUUGGUGACAACAAAUUCGUCGUUUUCAAUCCAGGACAAGUUCGAGCUCUUCAUGUCUGCAAAUUUGAAUACAAAGAGGGUAUUUCAGACAAAGAACCAUGUGCUACAAUAUGCGAUAUGUGCGGCAAGCAUAAUGCUACAAUUUACUGCCAAAACGAUGCAAAGAAAUUAUGCGUUGAUUGCGAUAAGAGCGGCCAUAAUAACGAGUUUACGAAAGAUCACAAGCGUGAGGAUCUUAAGGCAGCACUUCCUUUUGUCCAGAAGUGCCCAGAACAUCCUCAUUGCAAUGUGAUGUAUUAUUGCAUGAAAUGCCAUCGUCCUAUAUGCAUGGAUUGCAAGGUUAAAGGCAGCCACGCUCAUGGAGAGUUUGCCAAGCACAAACUUAUCCCAAUUGAAAAAGCAUAUUCUGAUGCAAUGGGAAUUCUUCGUCGUCCACUUCCUUUCUUCGACCAGCGCAACAGAAUCAUCGAUGACGAGCUAGAAGCCACAAAAGAGAAGCUCGAAGAGAUCAGGAUGAAUCAAAAAAGUGUCGAAGACGAAAUCAUGAGGAUUGCGAUGAAAGCAAUUGAAGAUUCACGCGUACAAAACGCUAGAGUUGCCAAUAUCGUUAAAUCCAAGCAAUUAGAACUCCUUAGGAAGAAAGAUGAGCUCAAACGUCAAAGAUUUCUUCUCGAUUCCUACAAACAGAACGCAGAACCUGUUCCUCUUCUCGAAACUGUCUACAGGAACAUGAAACUCGAAGAAACAAUGGCCGGAAACAAAGAUCUUCCACAAGAUAUCUCAGUUGAAGGAAAUCUCAUCGUUUACGGAAGAAUCGAAAUUUCUCCACCAAAAAUUGAAAAGCCACAAGAAAAGAAGCCUGUAAACAGAGAUUUGAACCAAUCACAAUCCACUCCAUACUCAUACACAUACACAGAAUCAGAGGCGCAAUCAACAGUCCUUGAGCCAAAAGACCCACACUACACGAAACUCACUAAAAUGGCUCAAAGGAAACAAUCGAAAUACGAUCAAAAUGGAAUUUCUGUUGAAUUUGUUCCAUUCGCUGAUUCAAAGAUUAUCACGGAUGGAACAUUAAGAAACAGAUUGUACAUGUGCUUCCCAUUCAAAGGUGUUCCUGAGCCACACAUGCUUUUCUCUUCUGAAGAGCAUGGAAAGAAUAUAAGACUCAUGCACAAAAUGAUUGAUAACAUGGGAAUUACAUGUAUUUUGAUUAAAUCCGGUGACCAAGUUUUCGGAGGUUUCGCAGCUUCGAAAUGGACAGCUGAUGGAACUAAAAAGACUGAUAAAUCAUCAACAUUCUUGUUCUCAAUAACAAAGGAUGCUUUCAUUCCUUACGGAGGACAGAGUGAUGAGAAGUUCUACACAAUGUCUACACCAGAAACAUUGAAUUUCGGUGGAAAAGAUUUAGUUAUCGCGGGUGAAAGCUUCGAAAGAUGCUCUUCUGAACUUGAAAACUCAUUCGGUAUUGGUUUCUUGUAUGGAUCACAGAAGGCUAAGGAAUUCUUGGCUGGAAAGCACAGAUUUGCUGCUGACCAAAUUGAAGUUUGGGGAUUCUUUACUUCUGAUUAA